CCGUCAUCGCCAGCCGCCGACGGUGGUGUAACACGCAAUAUGACUAUCCUCGACAAUGCGGAACAGGAUUCUACGCUGAUGAAACUAUGGGGCCUUGUCACCGAACUCAGCGAACAGCUCAAUCAAAAUCGCGACGUUUCUGCGACAAUCUAUCAGCAAGCAGGGGGGAUUAAGGCGCAAGCUAUUCACUCUCAAACGGGAUUCGUUCUAAGGCGGUUCAAUCAAGACAAACCCAAAGAUAUCUAUGACGCGGAAUUGGAACGAAUGAACAACACCAUGAUGCUGGAAAACAUUUCGUUGCUGCAGGACAACAAGCAGUUGAAUGGGCUGAUUCGCGAAUACGAACAGACGUUGGAGAAUUUCAUGAGCACCUUCAGGAACCGUGCUAAAGACGUGCAGGAACGUGAGCUUGCUCUGUCCCGCGAGUACGAAUCCAGGUUGGCUGCGCGUCAGGAGGAGUGCGAUUCUCAAGACCUGGCAACGAGUACCGCGCUCUAUGGUUCUCUCCGGCGCUUAGCGCAUGUUCUUCGGCAGCUCAUUCGAGAACAAAACGGAGAACCUGCUGACCAUGCAUCGAUCUCUUCGAGUCAAGUUGACACCACUCCUCCGGACACAGUAGAAGAUCGUGAACCGUGGACGACUUUGGCUGCACGGGAGCCGUGGUCAGCGCCCGACGUGACGGGCGCGGACUAUGCACUGGAACGAGAGAUCGAACUGGGGCGCCUCGAAAAAGAAAACGAGCAACUACGAGUCUUGUUGGGAUUACUCCCGGCACAACCUCAACUCCGAGUUAUGGAGCAUCAGAUCUAUGGUUCCAGCUUGCACAUGGGACACUCCCCGAGACUUUCUCCUCCAAUCCCAGCGAAUAGCUUCAACAAGCCAAGGCUCCAGGGCAUGGUCCAACCUCCCCUGGGAUCAUUGCCCGGGACACGCCGACAAGCUCCUUGAUAGUUUCUUUGCCUUGUAUUUUUGCACUACUUACCAUCGAAUUCAUCUGAUUCUGUGAUUAAGCGGUUCCGAGUCCUUCGCUCAAGGCUGCAGCUGCAUCUGCGACCAUCUUUGCGCCAAUUUUGAGGA